AUGAAGCUAUCGAGCGGGCUCCAGCUUGCCGCCUGUAUGGGCAUCUGUAUGGCAGAACCGUUGACAGAACCCCAGUAUAUAUUUUCCAUGCCAGAGGACCCGUCCGCAUCCAUCUACAAAAUACCGACGUCGUAUGAGUCUGCGGUCCAAGGCCGGCGAAUCCUGAAUCGGACGCCGUUGGGUGUCCUAUCCACCGUGUUUCCCGGGUCGUCCAAGUCGGACAUGAGCUCUGACGAUGACGGAGUUUCGGAUCAAGAGAGGCGUCCUUCUGGCUUGGGCGGCCUACCCGUGGGUCUCAUGGACUACAUUGCCGACUGUGAGGAGGAUGGCAACCCAACGAUUCUCGCCAUCAAUAUUGCAACUUCUUUCAAGAAUGUCGCCGCCGGCUCAAAUAUUAGCCUUGCCCUGCAGUGGACGCCUCCUUACCCGCCAGCGAAGCGUAUCCAGUCGGCACCUCCCUGCAGUCUCCUGGACCGCGUUCUGGGUAAAUGUCACUCCGAGGAUGGUGACGACGAUGAUGAGGAAGAGGACAAGGAACCCGUGCCGUACUCGGCUGCCAACCUGCCCCGAUUUUCCAUUAUUGGAUAUCUGGAGAAGCUCCCGACGACUGCCAGUCUUUCCAAGUGCUUUGUAGAUACACACCCAGAUGCCAAGUACUGGCUCCCUGGCAAUCGCAUUCACGAGGCCGAAUUCGUGAGGUUGGUCGUGCAGCAGAUUUACUGGGUCGGUGGGUUCGGAGACCGUGCCUACAUUGGCUGGCUGAGUCCGGAUGACUGGAAGAAUAUUACGAGAGAGGAAUGGGAAAGUGUCAGGUUGCCUGGAGAAAAGAAGGGCUGGAAGGAAUGGAGUGCUCAGGAGUUGUAA